UCUCUCACGAGUCAGGGCGUAGAGUUCAUCCCCUUCCUAUGCAGGGCACUCCCCUGUCAGAAGUCGAAUCGGAAGCCGAGACCAGCAUGAAUCCGACCAGGAGCAGAUAAUAAAUCUGGUAAAGAUCGACUCCCCUUUAUCAUCACUCUAUCUCUCGGGAUUAUCUCUCGUCUACGAUUCCGAUUUCUCCAUGGAGAAGCAGGGCCAGGAGCGGCAGAUCGAUCCAGUAAUGGAGGCAGCGAGCGGGGAUCCCGACGACCCCCUCAUCGCCGUCCGCCCCCAACGGGUCGGCGGGUGGUGGGCGCGUAACCAGGACUUCAUACGGAGACGCGCGGAGACGCUGAGGCGACCCGCCGCCCGGGCGGAGACCGAGUUCGAGGCGGAAGCAGAGUGUCGCAGAGAGCCGCCGGCCUCCAAGAACUCCAUGGCGGGGCUGCUCGUGCCGGCGGCGGCGGAGGUGCGGGAUCUGGAGUGCGCGGUGUGCCUCGAGGACCUGGUGGCCGGAGGCAGGAAGCUCAGGAAGAUGGACUGCUCCCACUGCUUCCACCAGCGCUGCAUCUUCCGCUGGCUGCACGUCAGCCGGCUCUGCCCGAUGUGCCGCUUCGCGAUGCCCUCCCGGUCCGACGACGAGCGCGUCGGCGACGAGGUGGAGCGGGAGCUCGCGGCCGAGGAGGAAGACGAUGCUGACGAAGAAAAGUCUGCGGCAACUGAAGAACGCUCGUCCAGUGAGUGAGUGAACUGAACUAAUGUUUCUUCAGAUUAGCGAUGGUGGUAAUGAUUUUAGUCAGAUUCGAAAUGGCUCUUCUUUAUACUGUAUAUGUAUGAAUAUUUGUUUACCCGCUCUUUCACUGGUAGUGUACCUCUAGAAAAGAUGCUAUUUUUCUUUGUAAGUCUGCAUUUUAUGUCUGUCAGACAUUUUUAUCA